GGCUUGCAACGGCUAAAUGGCGCAUUAAGGUUAAGGCUUUAUCAACCAAGAUGAAACGCAAAACGAACAACCAUGCAAAGAACCACAAAAAGUUGAAAGAGGGACGAUGGAUCAGCAACAACAACAGGCGUGGCCAAAGGCUCCACACCAUGCCGUAGAGCAGCAGCAGCCAACCCAGCACCAGGACCCUUCGCAACCGCCUCAACAUCGACAGCAAUCGAGCGGAGAUCUUUCUCAACAGCCACCACCCGAUCCACCUGGUGGCUAUCCCGCUAGUGGUACAUCUUUCGCGACUCCCUCUGGCUUUCCACAUGGCGCUGCUCCACUGAAUUACAGCCAACCAACAAAGCCGCAGCCCAAACCGCUGCCUCCCCCACCGAAAGUAUCGUUGCCCCCUCCACCACAACAGCCUACGCAAGAAAAGCAACAACAAGCUCCAUAUCCGUCUACCGAUCCUGCAGCGACGGCGAGCAGUGCUGUGCCACUCCGACGAACAUCUUCCAACAAACAGCGAGCCGCCAGUCCAGCAGCAGAGCAACCAUCCGAAGCGUCAUCAUCACAAACAAUCAAAUCCGUCUAUGAAUCGAUAUUGCCACAAUCCAUUGCCUUUCGACCCAUGGCGGCUGCCAAGGCGCAGGAAGCAUCACCCAGGAAUCUGCAGGCGACAAAAGGAUCCACGGAAGAUCCUCUCGAUCCAGCACCGGCUCCAGAAGGGGCUACAAUCAUGCCACUGGUGGCCUUUUUGCAGAAAGGGUCCAGCAAACCAUUUGGGUGGCAUCGCAAUGAAGAACGACAGGCCAGAGGCUUGAAACCGGUCACCGACUUGUCUUGUCAGUUGGAAGAAUGGGAACGACAACUGGCGGUGGUGGAAACGCUCUUGUUGGGAGGCGGCACGCCGUAUGCAUCCUUUCAGAAUCUAGCACAUGCAUGGGGAUGCAAGAAAGGCUUUCAUUCGGCGCUGAUUGGAGCCGUCUGCGAAUCCAAAAGAGACAUGAUCCGCAAACGGAGAAACGAGCUUGGAUCGUUGCAAGGGUCGGCAAAUGGAAACGCCAAAAAGGCAGCCAAGUAAGAGUUACUGAACCGUAGCAUAGCAAACAAGCACGGGACUUAAGCUCCUCUUAUGUUGUAUGGGCGAGCUCUUUUUCCGAAGCCUUGUUACCUAGCGACACACGAUUUUCAGUGGGAUAGCCUGCCAUCAGAGGCAUAGACUAAUACAGGAAGGGUAUACAAAGAAUAGAACUACACCAAUUUCUAUCGUGAUUACAUGUUAUACAACAACAACUUAUAUAUCG